AUGUCGAUUUAUGGCCGAGUGCUCUUCAGCGCAGUCCGCCCAACUUUUCAACCAUCCCGCUACCUCUUGACCCAGACGGAGACCCCCCAGCCAACUGUUCAAAUCGAAAAGUCACCGACUGAGGAUGAAGUAGAAACAUUAGAGAAUAAAUUACAAGCUGCCGAACAGUUUGAAAAUGCCAUGACACGACGCAAUCAGUUUAAUAAAUUCGGUUCUAAGAUUCUGGGCAAAUAUUUACCCGAUGACUUACUGAAUAAUCCCCCACGACCCUCCGAAAUUACACUCGAAAUUCUCCUAGCCUCUCAAACGCACCUUGGUCAUGCAACUGCCCUCUGGAACCCUCGGAAUUCCUCCUACAUAUUCGGUAUCCGUGAGGGGAUUCAUAUCAUCUCUCUAGAGGUCACAGCAGCAUAUUUACGAAGGGCUGCAAAAAUUGUCGAGGAAGUUUCCAGACGCGGAGGACUAGUAUUAUUUGUUGGAACGCGAGAAAACCAGAGUCGGGCGGUCGUACGCGCGGCUGAAUUAGCUAAGGGAUAUCACGUUUUUACACGAUGGGUGCCCGGAUCUAUUACAAACGGCGAGCAACUUCUGAAGGGCUGUGCACUGAAGGUUGUAGACGAGUUCGACAAUCAGUUGCCGCAGUAUGACGAGAACCUUAAGAACAAACCAGUCCUCAGACCAGAUUUGGUAGUAUGUUUAAAUCCGAUGGAGAAUGUGGUCUUAUUACGGGAGUGCAGGGCGUAUAAUAUCCCGACAAUUGGCGUAAUUGAUACAGACGCCGAUGUUACAAGAGUCACAUACCCAAUUCCCGCAAACGAUGAUAGCAUACGAUCUAUCACUUUGAUCGCAGGUGUACUGGGCAGAGCUGGUGAAGCAGGCCAGAAACGGAGAUUCGAAGAAACCAAAGCUGGAAAAUUGCCGUAUACACGUAUUUCAGAAGAUGAAAUAAUGAAAGACCCCUUUUCAAUUUGA